UGUGCAAAUUCUAAAUUUUAUUGCAUUCCCAAGUUGUUUUCUUAAAAUAUGUUUUUAAUUUUAAAAAUUUUCUUAUUGACAACGAUUUUAACACUUCUACACAAUGUUGACGGCUUGUUUGAUCCUGUAUCAUUAGGUAUAGCAGCAGGUGUAGGACUAGGAGCUUUUAAAUUUGAUUUUCUUAAAGAUCAAACCUACUGUCGUAUGGCAGAAUGCUGCAAUGAACGUAGUAUACCGGCCGAUAUUAUGGGACUUAAAGAAGAGCUUUCCAAUACAUUAUUUGGCCAGCAUAUUGUACAAAAGCAACUGAUACCCGCACUAGAAGCACAUUUCAAUGGAAAACGCAAUUCUCGUAAACCAUUGGUGAUAAGUUUUCAUGGUACUCCCGGGACAGGAAAAAACUUUGUUGCCGAUCAAAUUGCUAAAAAGCUUUAUACAAAAGGUUUAGAAAGUAAAUUUGUUCACAAAUAUAUGGGCCGUUCAGAUUUUCCGGUAGCACAGGAUGCCAAGUUAUAUACGGAACGCAUAAAUCGAGAAGUGCGUGAAGGCCUUAAGGCUUGUCCUCGUUCUUUAUUCAUAUUCGACGAAGUAGACAAAAUGCCAGCUGGCGUUUUUGAAUCGCUAACAUCCCUGGUGGACUACAAUGCAUUUGUCGAUGGUCAAGAUACUACCCAAGCAAUAUUUAUAUUUUUAUCAAACACUGCCGGCGUUUACAUAUCGGACAAGUUGGGUCAACUUAUAAGGAGCGGCAUAUUAAGAGAAGAUACUAAAUUGGGCCACUUUGAACAGAUUUUAGAAAAGGCUGCCUACAAUUUGGAGGGAGGCCUAAAAAAAACCAGCCUAAUAGAGGCCCAUGUGAUAGAUCACUUUAUACCAUUUUUACCUCUAGAGAAAUCGCAUGUCUAUAAAUGUAUAGAGCAAGAAUAUAAGCGUUGGAAUGCUAUUCCUAAAGAGGGUGCCAUAGAAAAUAUAAUCAAUGAUUCUAUUACAUAUGAUCGCACCAAUGGCAUAUUUGCCACUUCUGGCUGUAAGAAGCUAGAUAAAAAAGUAGCUGUGGAAGUUAUGUCCAGUUGAAAAAAAGAAAAGUCAUUGCCUAACCCUAACAUAUUUUUUUACUUUUCUUGUAUUUAUAUAGUUUACUAAGUUUAAUAAAGAAAAUGUUAUAAACGA